GAUCACACUAAAGACCCUGAUACUGUUCCCUGUAUAAGAACAUUAUCAGCAGCACCUCGCAUUCGUCUCUCAAGGAACUUUAACAUAGAACAUUCACCCCUCGUCGAUCCUCCAUUUGAUUGAUAUUCCUCGUGGCCGAUUUGUAACACAAACUCAUGUUUAUGUGAUGGAAGUACUGGACUGACGAGAUAAACCGUUUCCUUUAACAUCGAGUUAAAAAUACACUUUAUAUCCAUCUGUGUGUAAGCGGAUGCUGCUGUAGGUUCUACUUGUAAUUUUUCAGCAAACGCAAAAUUGUUCGUGUUAUUUGAUGCUUUGCAAAGCACGCUAUUAUCUUGAAUAUAAAUGAAGACGAUGCAGUGGAAAACUCGUAGAAUUAUAUACGUCGUUUUAGGACUUGUUUUCACCUAUCUUUCAAUUCGGGUACGUACUGUUGAGCAUAAAGCGUCUGUGUUUCUACCGAAAGUGCAUCCGAACGAACCGUGGGAAUUCGUUGCUGAUUUUAGCAAUAUGAAAUUUUUAAACCCGACCAUCAUAGAUUUUACUGUAACUGAUGAAAGUGGAACGUACGAUCAUUGGAAAUAUAGCGUGCAAUACUCAGAAAACCUCUCCCAUUGGCCACACUUAUCCAACCAUGCAAUCGCUCACUUCCAAGUUCGGACCAAUGACGAGAAAGAUGUGUAUUUCAUACAUUCCAAUCAUCGAACUUGCCUGUUCAUGGGAUUAUACUGUUUGGAUUCCGAGAGUGAAUUUAAAUUUUUCCAACCGAAACAGUUCAGUGGAGCUACGUGUGAAGAAACGGUUUUCUACCAGUGUCCAAUGUUCCUCUCGUACUUCUGCAAGCGAGAAGUGGCAUUUCAGCGAAACGCCAUCAUGUCGAAUUUAAAGAAAAAACUAGCCAAAGUGUAUUAAUAACAUUAUAUUUAAACUGUAAAUUACACAUGGAAAAUAAAACCAAUUAGCAGGUA